CCCGGGCUCGUCCCGCCGCCCCCCGAGGACGGCCGGCCAUGGACGCCUGCAAGUUGGAGCCGAGCGGCUGCGUUUGAGCGCGCCGGGCAGCCGGGCGCGCCGGGGGUGGGUCCCUUCUCCCAGGCCGGCUCUGCGUGGAAGAAAAGGGCGGGGACCAGCGUGGGGCGGAGAGCAGAGGAGGGGACCGGGGCAUGACUCCUGCAACUCGCGGCGGGCAUCUGCCGAGCCUCUGAGCCGGCGGAGGCCCGGGCCCGAUUGCGGCCGCGCGGAGCCCAGCCCAGCCCACCCGCCUCGGCCGACGGCUGCGGGCUGACCUGGAUCAUCCAAGCGAUCGCCCGCCGGCAGUGAUCCACCCUCGUCUUCCGGGCUGGUUUCUGGAGAGCCAGGAGCGCUCUCCCUGUCGCCCCUCUCGCUGGACCCCUGGACCCCGAUGGCUCGGAUGGGGCUUGCGGGCGCCGCUGGACGCUGGUGGGGACUCGCUCUCGGCUUGACCGCAUUCUUCCUCCCAAGUGCACACACCCAGGUGGUCCAGGUGAACGACUCCAUGUACGGCUUCAUUGGCACCGACGUGGUCCUGCACUGCAGCUUUGCCAACCCACUGCCCAGUGUGAAGAUCACCCAGGUCACAUGGCAGAAGGCCACUAAUGGCUCCAAGCAGAACGUGGCCAUCUACAAUCCAGCCUUGGGUAUCUCCGUGCUGCCUCCCUACCAAAAACGUGUGCAAUUCCUGCAGCCCUCUUUCACUGAUGGUACCAUCCGCCUCUCCCGCCUGGAGCUGGAGGACGAGGGUGUCUACAUCUGCGAGUUUGCCACCUUCCCGAAGGGCAAUCGUGAGAGCCAGCUCAAUCUCACUGUCAUGGCCAAACCCACCAACUGGAUCGAGGGCACCCAGGCAAUGCUUCGAGCCAAGAAGGGGCAAGAGCACAAGGUCCUGGUGGCCACCUGCACCUCGGCCAAUGGGAAGCCUCCCAGUGUGGUGACCUGGGAAACGCGGCUAAAGGGCGAGGCUGAGUACCAGGAGAUCCGGAACCCCAACGGCACAGUGACUGUCAUCAGCCGUUACCGCCUGGUGCCCAGCCGGGAAGCCCACCAGCAGUCGCUGGCCUGCAUUGUCAACUACCACAUGGACCGCUUCAGGGAGAGCCUCACCCUCAACGUGCAGUAUGAGCCUGAGGUGACCAUUGAGGGGUUUGAUGGGAACUGGUACCUGCAGCGGAUGGAUGUGAAGCUCACGUGCAGAGCAGAUGCCAACCCCCCAGCCACUGAGUACCACUGGACCACGCUGAAUGGUUCUCUCCCCAAGGGCGUGGAGGCCCAGAACAGAACCCUCUUCUUCAGGGGUCCCAUCAACUAUAGCCUGGCAGGGACCUACAUCUGCGAGGCCACCAACCCCAUUGGCACACGCUCGGGCCAGGUGGAGGUCAAUAUCACAGAAUUCCCCUACACCCCGUCUCCUCCCGAACACGGGCGGCGCACCGGGCCUGUGCCCACAGCCAUCAUCGGGGGCGUGGCGGGGAGCGUCCUGCUGGUGCUGAUUGUGGUCGGCGGGAUCGUGGUCGCCCUGCGCAGGCGCCGCCACACCUUCAAAGGCGACUACAGCACCAAGAAGCACGUGUACGGCAACGGCUACAGCAAGGCGGGCAUCCCCCAGCACCACCCACCCAUGGCCCAGAACCUGCAGUACCCGGAUGACUCGGAUGACGAGAAGAAGGUCGGCCCGCUGGGGGGCAGCAGCUACGAGGAGGAAGAGGAGGAGGAGGGCGGGGGUGGGGGCGAGCGCAAGGUGGGCGGCCCCCACCCGAAAUACGACGAGGAUGCCAAACGGCCCUACUACACAGUGGAUGAGGCAGAAGCCCGUCAGGACGGCUAUGGGGACCGGACUCUGGGCUACCAGUAUGACCCUGAGCAGCUGGACUUGGCUGAGAACAUGGUUUCUCAGAAUGACGGGUCUUUCAUUUCCAAGAAGGAGUGGUACGUGUAGCCCCCUCCCCAGAGCCUCUUGUCUGCACCCACUUCUCCCCAGCCCACACCCGCACGCCCCCUGCCCGCCCCCCACAGCCCACUCCUCGAGAGUUCAACAGACUCACCAAGCUGUCCAGAGCCAGCCCCAAACUCCUGGGGAGCAAGGGGAGGCCAGGGCAAACAGGACUUGGCUUUGUUUUUUAUUUCCUCCCCCUCCAGGCCCUUCCCCAUGGUGUUGUGUUCGCCUGUGGCUUUGGUGUUGCUGUACCUCUCCUUUACUGUCGCCACCCGCCUGCCCUCUGUGCAGGGAGCCCCGUUCUCCUCUUGUGUUCCUGGGCGUCCCUCCAGGGUUUGGGGAGCCAGCCCUCCCCGCCCCCCAACACUGGAAUUUGUUUGUGUUCUCUUCAUUGGGGGUGGAAGGCGAAAGGGGCUCCAGGAGGGAAACCCCCGCCCUGCCCCCAGAUGCUGCUCCUCCUUCCCCAGGGAGAGGGAACUGUGCCCCCACCACAUGCUGUCACAGACAAGGUUGGACCCCUUGUCUAGACAGCUAUUGUUCCCCAGAGGUGGGGGUGGGGGUGUGGCUUCUCCAAAGCACCCAGGGGAGUCUCCUUUGCUAAGUGAAUCAAGUUGAGGCCUCCACUCGGGUCUUUGGGCGGUGUGUUUGCUGGUGAGCUUGGGUUUACAUUUUUUUCCUCAUUGGCCUACAGAAAGUUCAGUUGAGCCAGCUCUGUUGUGUCCCUCAUUUUUCACUGCCCCCCCCCACCUGCCCCCAUACAUAGUGGGACUGCAGAGUGUGUUCUCCCUGCACUUCCUAUCUGCCUUCACCACACACACACAUACAGACAUGCACACCCCACUUGUGGCUGCCCUGCCCUCCCCUGAGGUCACAUGCCUUACCCAGGCUGACACUGGCCAAGGCUCAGCCUCUCUCACCACCUCUUCCCCCUUCCCAGCUGAGAAUGGGGGCAGCUGGUAGAAGCUUCUAGGGCAGCUGAGAUUAGGCCCCCUGGUGCCUCUGCUGUAGGAUCUCAGAUCUGGUCCAAAACUGCCUCUCACAGCACAAAAGUUUCUAGAAUUUCUCCCUUGUUUAUCAAGUGCUAAAACUCUUGAUUCUCCUGGGGAAGAGGGGAGUAAGGACUGGGACCCCAAAAGGCAAGGACCUCCAGGAGACGGAGAGGAAGAGGUGUCACAGAGAGGGGAGCCACAGGGGAGAACCUCUCUGGCAGCCUUCAGAGGCAGUCUGAUAGGCUCCGAUGAUAACAGACUAACGCCUCUCACACACAGGCCAAUGUAGAAGAUGUCAUGGGCUUACCAGAAGGUGCAAGGGCAGGGGAAGCCAGGGAUCCUGAGUCAGAACCUUCUACUCACCCACAGUCCAUUCUCUGCACAGAUGUCCCUGGUCCCCAUUCUGGGAUAAAGGGGAGGACCUUGGAGAAGCUCUCCCUUUUAAUGCAGACUCCCUUCCUUGGAUGGGAUAUUGGGUACCCUGUCAGUCACCCAUGACUCGGGCUUCCCAUCUGUACAAUGGAGGAAGGCUGCCUCCUAGCCCUCUCUGUACCCUCAGCUCAAAGUGCCUCCAUUCCUCCAUCUGCCCACCAGGUCCCCCCAGCACUCUAGACAGGCAUAUUAGUGGGGAAGACCCCUGGGAUGGGAGAGGCAGGCUCCAAGGACCCUCUCAUGCCUGUUACUAGGAUUCCAGUUAACUCAGCCCAGAGCAUCAAGAGCUCUGUGGGAUGGCAAGUGUUGGGGGAGAGGAAGGCAGAACACUUUGUGCCCCACGGGCACUGCCUUGCCCUACCAUAGGCUUCCCAAGGGAGCUGCCCAGCCUCCCACCCUACUCCUCCCUCCCUGGUGCUGCUAUUUGAACCCCAGCCAGCUCUAUCUCUGCCCUAGCAACUCUGGUCCCACCUGCUGGGCCACCCUUGCCCAGCUCCCAUUGCCCUAGCCCCAACCAGGCCGCCCAGUAGCCAAGUAGCAGAAGUCAGAAGCCAUGCCAGCCCCGGGGUGGCUCUCCCCUCUUGGCAUUGGGGGUACUGGUUGGGUUAGAGUUGGGGGAGAAAAUUCUGGAGUCUUUCUAGCCACAGGGCAGAGGGAAGUGGAGGAGCUGGAUCCAGAGAACCCCCUGGGCUGCUUCUCCCAACAGUAUUAGUGCCCCCUUCCUAGGGCAAAGGACCUUUUCCAUGUUACAUCACUGCUGCAUACCACCUCAUGUCACUUCUUCUGGUCCUUGUGCUUGGUCCCUUGCCUCCAGGCAGGAGGCAGUCUCAGGGGCCUGCCUGAUAGAGGCCCUCCAUAUCCCCUUGAAACCAAGAGACUGAAAGGACUUCUCCUUCUGUGUCUCCCCUUCCUUAUCCUGCACUGCCAUCCCUACUCCUAAUUAUAUGACGGACUUAGGAGGCCCCCGGGCCCAGCCAAAGCACUGAGUCCCCCUUAAGCACCUCCUCACCCACCCCUCAAGCAAAGCACAAAUUGCGGGGCCCACAUAGAAUAGGCUGUGCUGGUAGCUCCUGCCUCCCGAGGAGCCUAGCAGCAGCAUCCGCACCCCAGACAGCUGCUACCCUGGGCUGCAGGUGGGCACAGGGUAGGGUUGGCACUUGGGCCUAGAGAGAUGGGGUUUUUUGUGCCCCAAGUUCAUAGGAGGAUGGACACUGCUGCUGGGCCCACAGAUACAGCCAGAGGCCUACCGAGCGGCGAAGGGGAAGCCUGGCCUGGCAGAGAGAUGAGGACACAUGGCCUCUCCUCCAUGCCCACAGCACGAGCUGAGCUUCUGCCUCUGCUGGAAAUGAGGUGAACUUGGUACUAGUUGUGCCAAGGCCUCCUCAGUUGUUAUCCUGCCUCUUGUUGCCCUGCCUCUGCCCCUGCCCCUGCCCCUGCCCCCGCCCCUGCCCCUGCCCCUGCCCCUGCCCCCCUCGGCCCAUACCCCUGUUUCCUGACAAAUUUUGAUACUGUUGUAAAGUGUAACGGGACCAUCCGUGUCCCCUUUUUCCAGAAGGAUCUGGAAGUGGCAGCAUGAGUCCAUACUCACACACCAGCAGAGGCAGCCCCUCACAUGCACCUCUGCACACAGUGGGCACACACUGAGACAGACCCGGGCACAGUCACCCUGUACAAGCCCGGCACAUGCAGACGGAGCGCGGCCUGCGCAGACACACACGUACAUACAGAGGGACAGGCUUGAUCCUGCUGAAAGCCCUUGAGGAGAACCCUUGAUGCCCCAGUGCUCAGGCUGCUUCCCUGGGCCAUGCACCCCCUCUGCCAGCCACCCCCCAUGUACCCAAGUCACUUGUACAAUACUUCCUCUGCCAUCCUCAGAGCAGAGGAAUCGGGAAUUGUGUUAGGCAUAGGCGAGGACCACGUGAAUGUGGGCAGCUCGCCUGAGCUAACGGUGCAGGAGAGGGGCCCAAGACCUCCAGGGGUCCAGGCAAGAGAUUGUCAAAGCCUGACUGCCAACAGCAACCCCCUCCCAGACCCCCUACACCUAAGGGAGACCUGCUGUGGCCGCGUGCAGGCACACAACCACCCCGUGCCAGGGAUGCGUGCCAGGAAUGCAAGGGAAGCAGGCCUCUGCUGUGCCCACACUGAGGGCCCCUGGGCCUUGCUGCCACUGCCCUGAUCGAAAGGCCAGAGGAGGCCCUCCCGCACAGGUGCUGCUGCCUUUCUGACCCUGCUGUGAGGAAGGGGAUCCCUUUUUGUAUAAAUGGAAACAAAAUCAAGGAGAAGCUGCCAGUCCUCACCUCUGAGUGUGACCCUUUGCUUCAGCUUCUUCGUCAUGGUUUUGUCUUUGGUCCUGGGGCCUGCCCAGCAGAUUCUCCUGGUUCUGACCCAAGGGGUGUUUGCAUCGCCCCCUUUUACUUGUAUAAAAAAGAUUCUGGGUUAAAGAUGUAC